UUUUUAUAGGUUCCCCACAAAUAAUUGUGUGCAAAAGAAAAUGGGACCCUGAUUUGUGUCUCCAUAAUUUGGGCCAAUCAUAUGCAGUGGCAUCUGGAAAGAAGCUGGAUCUACUGCAUUCUGGUGAUAUUAAUAGGACACACACAAUUCAAAACACAAGUGCAGGCAUAAAGCGCUGCACGUAACAAUAGGCCUACUGAACCAAAACUUGUUGAGCGAAAAGAAGCUGCGUUGGCCUGUGAUUUCUCCGGGUGGAGGCUACUGAAAAGAUAAAAGAAUGGAAAAUAAAUAUAGAAAGUUACACUCAUUAUUGAGUCAGGAGCAAAGGGACCGUGUCCCACAGACAUGGAAGAGAAUGAUCCUGGAGAAGAGGUGAGACUGGUCCUGAUUGGAAAGACGGGAUCUGGGAAGAGCGCCUCAGGGAACACCAUCCUGGGCAAACGACACUUCCAGUCCGGGUGUCAUGCAGGCUCUGUUACCAAGGUCUGCCAGCUGGGGACUUCUGACUACCAUGUGGAGGAGGAGGCGGGGGAGAAGAGGAGGAUGAGGAAGAAGGUGGUGGUGGACAUGCCAGGUUUUGGAGACACACACCUGACCAAGGAGCAGAUCAUCACGGAGGUCAGCCGAUGCAUGGCCCUGACGGCCCCCGGCCCACACGCCUUCCUCCUGGUGGUCCCGCUGGGACGCUACACAGAGGAGGAGAACAUGGCCGUCACAAUGAUGGCUGAUGUAUUUGAUGAAGCGGCGGUUCGCAACCACACGGUGGUGCUGUUCACCAGGGGAGAUGACCUAGAGGGGCCAAUAGAGCAGUACCUGGGCAGUGACAGCGCCCCUGCUAGGCUCAAGGCUUUGCUUGACAGGUGUGGGGGCAGGUACCACGUUCUCAACAACCGGGACCCCAGCGAUGAGCAGCAAGUUCACGAGCUGCUGGGAAAGGUGGAGCAAGUUGUGAAGGACAACGGUGGAGGGUGUUACACCAACGCCAUGUACCUGGAGGUAGAGGCAAUAAUCAGGGAGGAGGAAGACAGGAUAAGAAGGGAGGAGGAGGAGGAGGACCGUUUAAGGAGGGCGGAGGAGGAAAGGUUAAGUUUGGAGGAGGUUGAAAGAUUGAGGAGGGAGGAAGCCGAUUGGUUGAGGAGGGAGGAGGAGGACAAGUUAAGGAGGGAGGAGGUUGACACGUUAAGAUGGGAGGAAGUUGACGGAUUAAGAAGGGAGGAAGUCGAUUGGUUGAGGAGAGAGGAAGAGGACAGGUUGAGGAGGGAGGAAGAGGACAGGGUCAGGAGGGAGAUGGCACCAGCAGAGAGAGGUUUCAGUAGAAGCCCACAGGCUCCACAAUCCUCCAGCAGGGGGCGACACAGAGAGGUGUUGCUCUCCCCCAGCCUGAUGCAGACAGUGAGGAAGGUGGUGGCGGCGGGGCUCACUGGCCUGGCGGUGGGGGCCUUGUGUGGGGCCGCUGCCCCCCUUGCAGCUGGACUAGGAUCUGCCGUGGCUGUGGGGAGCACAUUGGCCUUUAGUUCAGCUAAUAUGGCCGCUGGGGCCGCUCUCGGAGGGCUUGUGGGAGGCGGUGUGGGCUUAGUGAGUGGUCGAGAAGCUAACAGUCCUUUGCAAGCAGCUGAGCAAACCCUGCGCCAGGUGGGCAGCAUGGGGGUCCGGGUUGUGCGGGUGGCUGCAGGGUUGGGAGCUGCAAGAACUCUGGCUGCAGGAACUGCAGGGGGGGUGUCAGCUUUGGCUGCAGGAGCUGCAGAGGGUUUGUCAGCUCUGGCUCAAGGGGUCGAUGCAAAAACUGUAGUUGGUGCUUUGGCAAACAUAAAACUAUCCGGGAAUAUAAAAACAGGUGAAUUUAAAUUGAAUUAAUAAGCUGCUCUGCCAUGUCAUGCCGUAACAGUGACACCAUCUGUUCUAGUACUUUACAAGCAGUACUACAUGAAUACAUUAAAGUAAAUUCACACCAUUGCAGAACAGAAAUCCAGAUUUUUCCAAUGCUUCCCCAAUACCACGACCGCUUCACAUACACCACCUUUACCUUUACCUGUUUUAUGUAUAUCAGGGGCGUUGGGAUCUUGAUACAUUUUGUAUUUUUUAUAUUGGGGCCCUCGGUCUGGGUGAAAAGCGGGGGCAAAACUGCAGUAGGCUCUUUGGCCAUAAGGGAAGCAGACAGCCGACUAGGGGUUAAGGGGUACGGGGCCUGGACGAGCGGCUGGAGGAGCGGCUGUACACCUUCUCUCUCGCCUGUUGCUUUACUUAUCUUUAUGUUCCUAGUGUUCACUUCACUUGGAGAUGUGCCUGAUCAUUUUAUUUAGACGUUUAUUGAGCAGGGACAAAUACAUUGUUUCAUAUAAAAUAUAAAAUAGAUGCCAUGCAUACAAGUUUCUAGUCAAGACUAAUUUGCAACCCCUGUCCUGUCCCUGAUCAUUGUAUUAAGUUAGCGUGGUUCAGAAAAUAAUGGUAUUUGGACGAAUUUUAGAAUUAACAUCAGAUGGGUUGUGGGAUUUACAGUUAAUUUAAUUCUACAUAAAACUGGCUUCAUGUACGUUUUUAUUGUCAUGAUUUAUUCACUGGAAAAUAAUCAAUUAAGGAUGUAUUGAUUUCACAAUCAGAUAAAUGACUUUUAUAUUUUAAAUCAAUAAACAAAUUAUAUCCUGAACUGACUGGUUAAUUUUUGAGAGAGAUUUUAGAUUCUGAUGUGUAGUGUGUUCGUGCAGCAGCCUACGCUGCGUGGUCCUCUUGAUUUAAUUGGGAGGAGUCCACCUGAAGUUGCCCCGUUGUAGUAGU